AUGUCCGUCUCUUCCAUAGAACAAACAAUCAACCUUGCUAAGAACCAAGGCAUGGCCCCUGAGUUUGAAUCCUGCCAUGCCUAUGCCGUGUUUCCAAGCAUUACCAGCGUCGCCAUCGGCAUUGGCGGUAAAGGCGGCACAGGCGAAGUCUUUCUGAAGGAUGGCAUGAAGCUCGGAGACGCCACAUAUGCAGUAGGAACUCUCGGUGGUUUCGGCGCUGAAAACAUCAAACAGAUUGUCUUUCUCGAGAACGCAGAGGCUACACAAAAAUUCACCAGCGGCAAAUUCGAGCUCAAGUACGAUUAUCAUGCGACGAUUGGUGGAGCCAGUGCCGGUGUCUCCGUUGGAACCACUACUGGUGCACAAGGCAAUGCUGGCGACGGUGGAAGCCAUGGAGUGGCCUAUAUGAAUGGUGUAAAGGUCGUGGCCAUCACGAGCAAGGGCCUGUACAUUUGUGGACCUAUUGCUGGAGGUGCCUUUGCGGAGUUAGGUGCUGGAAAGUAUAUGUUUACGCCUAUCUCGGCAUAG